GACUAUGAAAAGUUAAUUAGACUACGUAAAGAAGCCCUUGCUGAACCUGUGAAAUUUGUGGAAAAACUGCAGAACAAUGUAUGUUCUUUAUUAAUUAAAAAUGAAGCCUUUAUUAUAUAUUUGUGCUUGUAUGUGUUUGUGAUAUUGCAGUUGCCGCCACCUGACUCAUUCAUUUAUGGAACUGUUGCAUCCCUAUGGAACCUAUCAAUCCGAAGCAUUGCAACUACAUGUAAAAUACAAGGAGAACUUCGACGUUUCGAGCGAACAGGAGGCCCUUCGUCAGGAAGUUAGUAACCAAACAAGGCACUUCGCACAAAACGUCGAAGUUCUCCUUGUAUAUUUCAGGUAGUUGCAUCCCUAUCAAUCCAAAACUUUCUUAUUAUUGCCACUAGUUACCUACACUGGCAGAGAUUGAUCAACAGUAUGUAAACAUGUCAGUGUCUGACAAUAAAAAAUUGUGCAUGAAACCAGAGGCGUAGCCAGGGCUGGGGCCAGGGGGUCUGACCCCUCCUGGCAAAAUUUUUGCUCCCCCCCCCUGAUAAAAUGUAUUGUAGAAAAAAGGGAAUCCUUGAUUAUAUAGCUUCAUGCUGUAAAUAAUGCAAAAUUCUGUAGAAUACAUGCUUUGCUGUGUAUCAGUGUGAAACCUGAAAUCUUGCUCACUUAUUUGCAGCACACAGCUUGAAACACAUACCUUUUCUAACCCUAAUGAUUUCAAUAUGUAUUAAAUGAGGGUUAGAGGAACUUUAAACCAAUUUGUUUUUACCAGUGAAUUUUUAACGCCGGCUCGGUGAAAAAUCACAUGUGCAGUGUCACCGUGGCCGGGGGGUCAUGUCCCCUCCCCCCCAAUUGUUGAGACGCGUCGGAAAAUUGUCAAUGUUGUCAGAAUCUUUGUGGUGAAGCAUGGGGAAAAGUGAUCUGGAAAUCUGGAAAAGUGCUACAAAAGGAAUUGUAAUGUUAUUGUCUGGAAUUUUUACCAAAAAAGUUGUCGACAGGGAGAUUUAAAAGGUUUUUCCUUGACCCCACCUGGGUUUUUGCCGGGGCCCCCUGUUUUUUUUUGCUGGGCCCCCCUGACCAAAAAUCCUGGCUGUGCCUCUGCAUGAAACAAAUCUCAAAAAUUUUCCUUCGAACCAUGUAGGAGCCACUCGAUAUUCCUUCACGUCAGAAUGUUUUGAAAGUUCCUCAGAUCAAUUGGGAAGCUUAUUCAGGGGCUAUGGACGAUUUCUCUCAGUUAGGCUUGCUGCAUCAACACAAUACACGGCACUCUACAGGACCCGCG